UCGGGGGGGGGGGGGGGGGGGCGACAGCCAACGGAAAGGGAAACAAGGGGGGCCCCACUCCCAGUCCUUCACCCCAGUCCCCCCUCCUCCCGGGGGACCCAGGAGUUCGCUUCUCCUGGCUCUGAAUCCUCGCCCCCACUCCCCUCAGGGAAUCUGGGAUCCCGCCUUUCCCCUCCCUUCCCCAGAUUCCCUCUUCCUCCAAACUUUCCCAAACAAAGAUCCCAGCAACUUUCCCGCCCUCUCUCUCUGGAUCUCUCUCUCUCUCUCUUCCUUGCCGGCUGGCGGUUGUCCACCUCGGCCCCGCAGUCCCCAGCAGGAAGGGAUUUGGAUAUGGUGCCCCCGACCAAGAUCUGAUCCGUACCUUCCCUGGCCCCCGCUGACUUCAGGACCCAGGGUCUUUGCUCCCAAGCUCCCUCCAGGAUCCAAACCCUCUGAGGCCCCCCCCCCAAGCCCCCCGCCCACCCUGCUCCGCAGGCUGCGAAGCCCGGAUGGGGGAGCCCAAUGGUUGGGCCGGGGGCAAGGUGGAGAGCGAAGAGGGGGCCGCGGAGGAUGAGGGAUGUCCGGAGCCCGACGCGGAGGGCGUGUGGAGCCCAGACAUCGAGCUGAGCUUCCAGGAGGCCCUGGCCAUCUACCCACCAUGUGGGCGUCGCAAGAUCAUCCUCUCGGACGAGGGCAAGAUGUACGGUCGGAACGAGUUGAUCGCCCGAUAUAUCAAGCUUCGGACAGGAAAGACACGGACCCGGAAGCAGGUCUCCAGUCACAUCCAGGUUCUGGCUCGGCGAAAAUCCCGGGAGAUACAGUCCAAACUCAAGACCCUGAAUGUGGACCAGGUGGCCAAGGACAAGGCCCUGCAGAGUCUGUCGGCCAUGUCAUCUGCCCAACUCAUUGCGGCCCCGGUGCUGGCCCCCCCGACGCCCCCCAACCCCGGCCCCCAUGCCUCCGAAUUUUUCCAGUUCUGGCCGGGACCAGGCAGCCAGCCCCUAUCUGGGCAGGACGGGAAGCAGUUCCCCCUGAUGCCGGCGCCAUGCCCCACCUUGAUGCUGCCUCCAACCCCUAUGGACCUCCCAGGAUAUGACUCCUCCCCUCCCGGUGGCCUGUCCCCCUCCCCGGGCACGUGCUCUUCCCCGGGCUGGCAAGGCCGGGUGCUGGGCACUCCCAGGUUGCAGCUGGUAGAGUUUUCCGCCUUCGUGGAGGUGCCCGAUGGGGCUGGAGCUGUUCAGCGGCACCUGUUUGUCCACAUCAGCCAGGACAGCUCGGGUGCCGGGGACACACCCCUGGAGAGCGUGGACGUGCGGCAGAUCUAUGACAAGUUCCCGGAGAAGAAAGGGGGGCUGCGGGAGCUGUAUGAGCGGGGCCCCCCCAAUGCCUUCUUCCUGGUCAAGUUCUGGGCGGACCUGAACUCGGGGCAGUCAGAGGAGCCGGGCAGGUUUUAUGGGGUGACCAGCCUGUACGAGAGUCCCGAAGACAUGACAGUCACCUGCUCCUCUAAGGUCUGCUCCUUCGGCAAGCAGGUGGUGGAGAAGGUGGAGACAGAGCGGGCACGGCCGGAGAACGGACGCUUCGUGUUCCAGCUGCGGCGUUCGCCCAUGUGCGAGUACCUGGUCAACUUCGUCCACAAGCUGCAGCAACUGCCCGAGCGUUACAUGAUGAACAGCGUCCUGGAGAACUUCACCAUCCUGCAGGUUGUGACCAACCGAGACACUCAAGAGCUGCUGCUCUGCACGGCCUACGUGUUCGAGGUCUCCACCAGCGAACACGGGGCUCAGCACCACAUUUACCGGCUCAUCAAGGACUGAAGGGGCGGCCCCGAACCAGGUGGACCUUUCUCGUCAGCCCCUCCUCUCAAAGGGGCCCCCGACUCCUUCCCGCCCCCCGGGUUGGGGACACAAACCUCCCUUAUGGCUUGUGAGGAACAGAGAUCAAGAAUGGGGCAACUCAAAGCCGGGUGUGGGGGGAGUUCCAGCACCCCCCAACACAACCCGGACCCCCAGGGCUGUCCAACCAGUCCCUUUUGAUGCUAAGCUCUUUGCUGCUCAUUUGUAGGGGGCUAAGUGGCAGGAGAGGGUACCCGGAGUGGGGAGACCUUUUCCCUUCCCGUAAAUGGCAGGGUCCUGGCCUCAAGCAGGAAUCACUGAUGCAGGGGGUCCGGCUUUUGAAAGACUUAAAGGAUUUGGGAUUCAACCCAGCAAUGCAGAAGUGUGUCUGUUGGAGCAUCAGCAGCUGGGGGUCACCCCAAAAUGUCCCCAUCCAAACGCCUCCUCUAAAGCUCAUUUAAGUGCUGUUAAAGUCAAAUCCCAGCCCUGA